AGGCAUAGUUCUGGGAUUUGCCCAGCCUGAUUCACCAAAAAAAAAAAAAAAAAUUAUACGGAGUAUUUGAUUUCUUUGUACUCUGAUCGACGACAGACAGAUCCAAAUGGCUUACGCUGCUGUAACUUCACUUAUGGAAACACUUUCUCUAAAUUUCUUGGAAUCACAACCACCCUUUCCCCUUGAAGAUUUAGAGGCACAGAUCAGAGACGAUGCCAAUCAAAAUCUUGGCUUGCUGCAACAAGUUCUCGAGGCUGAGGUGGACGAAGCGUCAUCAAAGCGUCUUCCUAUAAAGGCUUGCUUCCCCAGGCUUUAUGGAAAGCAGCAACUUGCUUGGGAUCAUAAUAUACCAUUAUUGACUUCUCGCCUAAGAGAGGUGGCUCAACUCAAACAAAACAUACUUUCUCUCCAUCAAAAUCUGGGCUCACUGCAACAAAGUCUUGAGAAAUCUGAGAUCCCCUAUAAUGAUGCGGGGGAGAUGAAAGAUUUAGAGGCAAAGAUCAGAGAUGCAUCGUUCAAAGCGGAAGAAAGGAUUGAGAUGGAGUUGACUACCAUUUAUCUAGCAAAGGACAAGGGGGAUAGUCUUCGUAUAGCAGCUUGCCUGAUCAGGCUUCAUGAAAUCUUCAAUGAAGCAGAAAAACAAACUGAUUACCACAGGAAUGAGAUGAUUAGGAUUCAAACUGAAUACCAGCAGCUUGCAAAGGUUUCACUCCUUGGUCGGAUCCGACGAAGAGGACUACUACAGCUUGUCAAAGGAUCAUCACUGCCUCAUGAUCUAGUACACAAGAACAUUAUUGUGACUAAAUGUUUCAAAAACUCAUCAAAGUUUGACAGUACAAUGGUCGGAUGCCACGAGGUGUUCAAGAAAAUAUUGGAUCAGCUAACACAACAAUCAACUAAGAGGAGACAUGUUGUGUCGAUUGUUGGCAUGGGAGGAAUAGCAUCGAGAGAUGAUGAACUCCAUAAACAGAGCAUUGGCCAAGAUCAAUUAGCUGAACGUCUGCGUAAACACUUGAAAGAACAGAGAUAUUUGAUAGUGAUAGAUGAUAUAUGGAGCACUACUGCUUGGGAUAGUGUGCAAAGAUGUUUUCCAGAUGAUAACAAUGGAAGCUGUAUACUAUUGACUUCUAGGCUCAGAGAGAUGGCUAAAUAUGUUAGCUCAGGUAACUCUAUCAUUAACAUGCCUUUCUUAGAUACCGAUGAAAGUUGGAGUCUCUACUGUCAAGUGUUUGGUAAAACUGAAUUCCUUUUAGUGUUUGAGCAAAUUGGUAGAAACAUAGUGAAUAAAUGUGAAUGAUUACCUCUAGCUAUUACUGUAGUAGCUAGUCUUCUCUCCAAGACAGAGGAGGACGUGGAAAAGUGGAAGAAUGUUGCAAAAUGUGUAAUUGGUGAUUCUAAUGAUGCUUGUUCUAGAAUACUAUAUCUCAGUUACAAUCAAUUACCACACCACUUAAAAGCUUGUUUUCUAUAUUUUGGAGUUUUUCGGGAAGACUAUGAGAUCCCUGUGAAGAAGUUGGUUAGGUUUUGGACGGCAGAGGGAUUUUUGAGGGCACUGAAGCACGUGAAUAUGGAGGAAGUGGCCAUGGAAUGCUUGCAAGAUCUUGUUGAUAGAAGUCUUGUUAUAGUUAGCAAACAGAGGUAUAAUGGGGAAAUGAAGAGAAUAAGGAUACAUGAUAUGUUGCGAGAGUUGUGCUUGAGAGAAGCCGGACAUGGAAAUCUCUUGAAUGCCAUUAUUGCAGAUAAAGAAUUUCCAUUUGAUAAGAGGACCAUAUCACCGCACCAGUUUUCAAAACCUUGUCGUUGGGUAAGUACUAGACCAGUAUUUCUCAACAAUCAAAUCAAGUUUAAGCAGUUUAAGAAAUCACAUUCCUUACACUUGGGCAGUUGUCGCUCAGGUACAGAAGUUGAACUAUUUUCACACAUGAAACUACUAAGAGUGGUAGACAUAGAAGGUGAAAUUUUCAAUGGAGAGAUGGCACUAAAUGUGCUUGCAAAUCUUGUUCAUUUGAGAUACUUAGUUUUGUCCACAUAUAAGACUUUUGAGGUAAAGCUUUUAGAGCAUUGGAAUAUGCAAAGUUUUGUUGUUCGUGGGGAUGGUGCUACAAUGGAUUCGUCUGAGUCAUUUAGAAUUUGGAAAAUGCCACUAUUAAGGAAUUUUUGCAUUGGACAAACUUUUUCAUUAGAAACUCCUCUGGUUAUUUACAAAAACUUAGAGAAUAUAUCUUGGUUGGAUUAUAAGUUAUGUAAAAAGGAUUUGUUUACAAUGAUUCCGAAUUUAAAAAAAUUGGGGGUGGAUGGUGGAUACUAUGAAAUUAGUGUAGAUUGUUUUUAUAAUUUUGAGAACUUGAAGCACUUGAGAAACUAAGCAUGAGAAGGUGUCAAAAACUUAUUCAGGGUGGCAUCCCAUGGACAACUAAUUUUCUACCAAAUAUUAAGAAGCUCAACCUCUUGGAGUCUAAUCUAUGGUGGAGUAGCUUGAGCCUUAUUAGUAUGUUGCCUAAUCUGGAGGUUCUAAAAUUGAUAAAUGCUUGCGUGGGCCAUCUGAUGGAGGAUUCCAUCGAUUGAAGAGAUUGGUAAUUAAAAUCACAAGUCUCCAAUAUUGGAAUGCUGUGGGUGACCAUUUCCCUGUGCUCGAAUGUUUAGAGUUAAGUAAUUGCUAUUGGUUGGAAGAAAUCCCUCGUGAUUUUGCCGAUAUCACCACACUAGCAUUGAUUCAGUUAAGCAAAUGUAGGGAUUCCCUUGUGGCUUCUGCAAAGUGGAUUCAAGAAGAGCAAAACAACAACUAUGGAAAUGAUGUCCUUGUUCGUUCAGAAAA